AUCUCAUAGGAUCAUAGCUCACAUAACAUAUAGACCACAAGCCAGGUUCAAAGUUCGAGAUAACUACGAAAGAUGGCGGCUCAUAAACGAAAGCAACCCGCCCCGGCGUCCAAGCUGCCUAUGCCAAACUUCAACUCGGACUCGGAGGAUGACGAGUUUGAUCAGGAUCGUCGAGCGAGGCCGUCAGGUAGCAAAGGGAAAGCGAGAGCUGUGCCCGUACGGUCUCAAUAUGACGAUGAUGAUGACGAAGAAGAAUAUACGGAUGUUGAGAGCGGCGAGGAUGAAAUGGACGAGGAAGACGAUGACCUGUCGGAUGAAGGUCGUAGACCGCCGAGCAAACAAGCAGGAAGCUCAAAGGCUCAGAUGGCCCAACUGCAAAAAGACCUUGAACAAGUCCCUCUCUCACUCCUCCGAAGAGCACAAUCAAAGCUCCAAAAGAAGAACACCAACAAUGACGACUCCGAUGCCGAUUCAGAUGCAUCCGGUGAGACGACCGCUUCGAUGUCCGGGCUAUCCGAUUCUGCCAAAGCGAAACGUCUCAACGAUAUCAAAAGACGCCUGGCGGCCAUGCAGCGUGUCAAGGGUAAAGCUCUCAACGUCACCGUCUCUGAUGCAGAGGAGAGCGGAUCAGAUGACGGGCAAGAUUCUAGGCGGGAUAACGGUUGGGCGAUCAGGCGGGAGAGGAGGGAAGAGAGGGAGGAAGAGAAGGACAGGGUGAAGAGGCGGGAAGAGGAGAAGGAGAGGUUGAAGAGGCUGGACAAGCAUGCGCCGAUGGUCAUGAGCGCAAAGAGGAUGGUGACGAGGAAGAGGAACGCGAUCGAGCCGGAAAAAAUUGAACGAAGAGAUCCUCGAUUCAGCUCGAUGUCGGCUGGGAACACUGAUACGAACCUCACAGCUACCUCCUACUCAUUCGUCCCUAAACUGAUCGAAGAGGAAUACCAGAACCUACGAUCCGCACUCCAACUCGCUGUCAAGAGGGAACGGACGUCACCGCGACACGAGAGAGAGGACAGGGUCGCCGAGCGGGAACAACUCGAGAGGGAAGUGAAUCGGGCGAGGACGAGGUUGGAUGUCGCCAGAAAGGCCGAGCGGGAGAGGGAGGUUAUGAAGAAGGUCAAGCAGGAACAGAAGGAGCGUGCCAAGGAUGGGAAGGGAACUUUCCAUCUCAAGCGAGGGGAGAAGAAGGACCUCCUCCUCAAAGCUCGAUUCGAGGCCUUGCAAGCCGAGGGAGGCAAACGGGCGAUCAAAAAGGCGAUCGAGAAGAAGCAAAAGAAGGUCGCUGGAAAGGAGAAGAAGAGUCGUCCGUUUGCCAAGGGAGCGUUUGGCGGCGGUGGUGGUGGAGGAGGAGAUGCGGGAGGGGGUGCGGAUGGAGGUCCGAGGAAACGGCGAAAGGUCGGCUAGGAUGUUGGUUUGUCUCAACAUGCAUGCAUGCGGAGCAUUAUCCGCACAGCACAAUCGAUCAAAUCAAGUACAUUCAUUGA